ACGCACGCACACACACACACACACAGCGCCCUACAUAGGCGACAGUAAGACCCAGUGGAAGACUCGCUAGACUCAGCGACAUGACAACCGCUAUCCAGUGACUCUACACAUCCACUCAUUGCAUCUCGGCAACAUACAUUAAAGAUCUUAUACUGCACAGAAGCGCUGGAGAUGCUUAAAGUGACUAUGCCCGCCUCCAGGACCGCUCCGGAAUACUGGAUCGACGGAUCCAAGAAAGAGACUCUGGCGGACUUCUAUGAGCUGGAGUCUGAAUUGGGACGGGGAGCCACAUCAGUGGUGUUUCGAUGCCAUCAAAAAGGCACCCAGAAGCACUACGCUGUGAAAAUGCUGAAAAAAACGGUUGACAAGAAGAUUGUACGAACGGAGAUAGGUGUAUUACUGCGCCUCUCUCAUCCAAAUAUAAUCAAACUGAAAGAGAUCUUUGAGACGCCUGCGGAGAUCAGCCUCGUGUUGGAACUGGUCACCGGAGGAGAAUUAUUUGACAGGGUGGUUGAGAAAGGCUACUACAGUGAAAGAGACGCGGCUGAUGCGGUUAAACAAGUGCUUGAGGCGGUCUCGUAUCUACACGAGAACGGAGUAGUGCACAGAGAUCUGAAACCUGAGAAUCUCCUGUAUGCCACCUCAGCGCCAGAUGCUCCGCUCAAAAUAGCGGAUUUUGGUUUGUCAAAGAUUGUGGACGAUCAGGUUACAAUGAAGACAGUUUGCGGAACUCCAGGCUAUUGUGCUCCUGAGAUCCUGCGGGGUUGUGCCUAUGGCCCUGAGGUGGACAUGUGGUCUGUGGGAGUUAUUACGUACAUUUUGUUAUGUGGUUUUGAGCCCUUUUUUGAUGAAAGAGGAGAUCAGUACAUGUUUAAACGCAUUCUCAACUGUGAAUAUGAAUUUGUCUCCCCCUGGUGGGACAAUGUGUCUCUUAACGCCAAGGAUCUUGUGAAGAAACUGAUUGUCCAGGAUCCAAAGAAACGGCUGACGACACAGCAGGCUCUGCAGCACCCCUGGGUGACUGGAAAGGCUGUUAACUUCACCCAUAUGGACACUGCUCAGAAGAAACUCCAGGAGUUCAACGCACGAAGAAAACUCAAGGCAGCGGUCAAAGCAGUGGUUGCCUCAUCUCGACUGGGCAGUGCAGGAAGCCACGGCAAUACAGAAAGCAACAAAACGGAUUGCAGUCACUCCUCGAUCAAGCAGAAGACCGCAGAAGAUCAGCCAGACACUAAACAGCUUCAAAUUCAGAAUGAAGGAUCUUAAAUUUGCACAGAGCUUUGGUGGAACUGGAACUUCUUCCCUUCAUUAAAUGAACAUUUUUACAAUGGUCCUCAUAAAUGACUGAACUGAUGGACUUGGUUCCUCUGCAUGCAGACUGUUUAUCUAUAGAAAAGUCCCACAUUGUGACUCAGCCAAUUGUUAAAACCAUGCCAACGUGAAUACUUAACUUUUUGUACAGUGAAUGAGCGAGUUCGUCAAUGUGGGUGGCACUGAGAAGAACCGAGCGAUUAUGCGAUCAUUAAAUCUAUGUUUGUUCAGGUUUAUUUUAUCAUGCUCUUAACAAAAUUUACCAUAUAGAUGAAGUACUCUACGGACAUAAGCUCUUUAGUUGUAUAAAUUUGUACGGCUUUUUAUUAAACAUAUUAUAUUGGUUUCAUUAUUUUUUUAUGGUAAUAUUCAUUGUAAAACGGAUGUAAGAAUUUCAUCGUGGAUAUUGAACUAAACCUUUUCAUGAGCUUCAACUGAGAUUGCCUUAUUGUAUACCAUGUUUUUAUAGUAAUCAGUAAAAUAAAUCAUAUUUUUGCUAAUACUAUUAGUAAUUUUGUUUAAAACCUACUAAAACAACUUUGAUUUUAUUUAUCAGGAUUGUUCAAAUAGAUUUAAUAUUUACUUUUGUCGAAACCAGUGUUCAGAAUAGCAUAAAGAAGCGUGUCUAACAUAGAAAUAUCGCAAUGAUAAACACUCCCUUGUGCCAAAAUGUACCUAAUACAUAAUAUCUGAUUAUAAUGUUUUCAGUUUCAUUUAAAGUUUCCCUUUAAAAUAAAAAACCCAUCAGGAUUGUUAUCUAAGUGACUACAGCAAUAGAACCCAUCUCAGAAUUCAUUGUGUUACCAAGAAGUCUGUCUUUAAAACACACACAAGAAUAUGAAUGUGUUUUGAUCCAAUUCAAUAUUCUUUAUAGCAUGUUUUUAAUGUAUGGUAUGAUGAAAUGCUCUUUGAUAAUCUGACAGUAACAUGUAAGGAAUGUAAUAUGGAUGUAUAGAGGUUAAUGUUUUGCAUGUAGGAAUGUUUAUCUUAACUGCUGCAAUUGUCUUUUAAAAAUGCACCGUAUUUUACUGAUAAUAAAUGGUGUAUAUUUAACAGUACGACACUCACUUUGUACAUGACACUAGUGUGUCAACUUUGUUUAUCUGCCUGUUUCUAUGUCAAAGGACUCAUUCUAAAUGAUAAUAAGCACUGUAUAUUACUUACUAGAAAUAAAGAAUGCAAA